UCUCUCCGGACGCGGGGGUCUUCCGGGAUUGCCCGGCUUCUGCGCUUUUCGUUGAGCGACGCACUGGACCCUGUGCUCGGGAAAGCCCACCACGGCCCCGGAGGGGGGGGUGCCCUCGGUGCGUCCUGGGUCGGGUAGGCCCUAUCGUGCCCUCGCCCCUCGUCUCCACCUGAAGUCGCUGAGGUUUCCUCAUCUGUAAGUUGGAGACAAGCCGUAUACCUGACUCGGGGUCAUCGUGAGGAUGGAGAGGACAUGAAUGUGUGUGGCGCGUGGAGUUCACUGUAAAGAUGUCUGACAAGAAGCUGAUAGCUGCCAGAGCCUCCCUUAUGGAGCAACUGAUGUCCAAAAGGCAUUUUGAGGAUCUUGGCAAGCACCUCACCGAGCUGGAGACUCUUCAUGUGACCAAGGAGCAUCUCCAGGAAACCGCUGUGGUCAGGGUGGUGUACAGAGUCCUCAAACACUGCCCUGCGGGGGCGCUGAAAAAGAAAGCCAAGCGUUUGCUGUCAGGGUGGAAAGCUCGUUAUAAGGAUCUCCACUUCACACCAGGGGACAGCCCUGGAUCAUGCCCUGCGGGUAGAAAGGACGAAAACGGGAGACUUUCUCGUGACCCGGCUCAGGGUGAGGUAUCAGGCCGCGGCUGCAGUUCUAAUUCAUCAUCCCCCGAGGUGGCAGGAGCCGCUGAAACGCUCGGGCCUGAAAAUAGCACGAGUCAGGUGGAGCCCAGGGGGGAGCAUUUCAGGGGUGGUGACCCAAGAUCCGGUGACCAGAGAUCCAGUGAGUCGCUGGACCCCACAGUGCCUGUGAGAGCUAAAUGCACGCAGCUGCUUUAUGAAGCUUUAACGAGUCCUUGCAAAGAUCCGCCCGAGGCUGAUUUGUGGCAAAACUUGGCAAGAGAAAUUGAAGAGCACAUUUUUACCCUCCAUUCGAAGAACCUCAAAAAGUACAAAACUUGUGUUAGAAGCAAAGUUGCCAAUCUGAAGAACCCCCAGAAUUCUCACUUACAACAGAACUUGCUCUCUGGGACCACGUCUCCGAGAGAAUUUGCCGAAAUGACGGUGAUGGAAAUGGCAAGCAAGGAACUGAAGCAGUUGAGAGCCUCCUACACGGAAUCUUGCAUACAGGAGCACCACCUUCCCCAAGCCAUUGAGGGCACGCAGACCAAGAAAAUAAAAUGCAGACGCUGCGAGAAGUUCAAUUGCAAGGUCACCGUAAUCGCCAGAGGAACACUGUUCCUGCCGGGUUGGGUGCGGAGUUCAAAUCCAGACGAAGAGAUGAUGACUUAUGUGAUCUGUAACGAAUGCGGGGAGCAGUGGUACCAUAGCAAGUGGGUGUGCCUGUGACCCUAAAUAAAUGUUCUCCUAACCAAGAACCAGAGUGAUACUGUUUUU